ACAAACAUGGAACUGGCUCACAGUUUGCUCCUGAAGGAAGAUGCUCUGGCUCAGGUUACAGAGGCCAAGAAGCCAGUCUUUAUUUUCGAGUGGCUCCGCUUUCUGGACAAAGUACUCAUUGCUGCAAACAAGACCGAUGCUAAAGAGAACCAGAAGAAACUUGUGGAACAGCUUACAGGACUUAUAAGCAGCUCUCCUGGUCCACCCACUCGCAAGCUACUUGCUAAGAAUCUAGCUACGUUGUACAUUAUUGGAGACACCUACACUGUAUUCCAGACAUUGGACAAGUGCAAUGAAAUGAUCAAAAGCAAAGAUGAUACUGCUGCAUAUCUACCAACCAAACUAGCUGCUGUUGCAUGUGUGGGGGCAUUUUAUGAAAAGAUGGGCAGAAUGUUGGGAAGUUCCUUCCCUGACACUGUAAAUAAUCUGCUCAAGUCCCUGAAAAAUGCCGAAUCACAGGGUCGGAGUGAAAUCUUGAUGAGUUUGCAGAAAGUUCUGAAUGGUCUUGGAGGAGCUGCAUCUUCCAGUCACAGAGACAUUUACAAGAAUACGCGAUCCCUUUUGACAGACAGAUCCAUGGCUGUUCGAUGUGCUGUAGCCAAGUGCUUGUUAGAGCUCCAGAGUGAAGCUGUAUUCAUGUGGACAGCCGAGCUCGAGAAUGUUGCAACACUCUGUUUCAAGGCCCUGGAAGGCUCUAACUAUGGAGUCAGAGUUGCGGUGUCUAAACUCUUGGGGACUGUUAUGGCAACUGCAUUAAUGCCAAAACAGGCAGCAGUUAUGCGCCAGAAUGUGAAGAAAGCCACCUUAGAAGAGGUGCUGGAACUAAUGGCUACAGGAUUUCUUCGAGGAGGAUCUGGGUUUCUAAAGAGUGGAGGAGAAAUGCUAAAGGGAGGAGGGUCAAUUAGUCGAGAAGUAAGAGUUGGUGUUACACAGGCAUAUGUAGUCUUUGUCACCACUUUAGGAGGACAGUGGCUGGAGCGCAAUUUUGCCACGUUUCUUUCUCAUGUGCUUGACCUUGUCUCGCAUCCCCGAGCCACCCAGACACACGUAGAGGCUGUCUAUUCUCGAAGAUGUGUGUCAUUUAUUCUACGAGCCACAGUUGGCAGUUUGCUUGGUGAGAAGGCACAAAAUGCAGCCGCUAAAGAGAUCUGUCAGGCAAUCGGCAAACAAAUGAAAUCUGUUGAAGCCGUUGUAAAUGAUGCUAAUAAUGAGAAUAAAGUUGGUAUGGCUGAUGUAUCUGCUAGUCAGCAUGUAAUGGUGUGCGCUCUGCAAGAGCUAGGCAGUCUGGUGCAAAGCCUUAACUCCACUGCAUCUCCUCUCAUACAGGAGCCAUCAAUAGGUUUACAGGAUACUGUGACCUCUGUUCUCCUGCACCCCAGUAUGGCAGCCAGGCUUGCUGCUGCAUGGUGUUUACGCUGUGUUGCAGUAGCUCUACCCUUUCAGCUGACCCCACUUCUUGACAGGUGUGCCGAGAGGCUCAACAACCUAAAGAAUUCCCCAGAAGCUGUCAGUGGCUACAGCUUUGCAAUGGCUGCCCUUCUUGGUGGUGUGCACCAAUGUCCUUUGGGUAUCCCUCACUCCAAAGGAAAGAUGGUUGUCAGUAUAGCUGAGGACUUGCUACGCACAGCAUCGCAAAACAGCAGACUGUCCCUGCAGCGCACUCAGGCUGGUUGGCUGCUGCUUGGAGCUCUGAUGACAUUAGGACCCUCAGUUGUGCGCUAUCAUCUUCCUAAGAUGCUUCUAUUGUGGAGAAAUGUAUUUCCACGUUCCCUGAAGGAGCUGGAGGCUGAAAAAGCCAAAGGAGAUGCUUUUACCUGGCAGGUGACUCUGGAAGGACGUGCUGGAGCACUUUGUGCUAUGCGAAGCUUUGUGGCUCAUUGUCCUGAACUGCUCACAGAGGAUGUGAUUAGGAAACUGAUGACACCUAUUGAAUGUGCUAUGACUAUGAUGUCUCAAAUUCUUUCUGUAAUUAAGGCUCAUGGUGCCCACCUAAAGGCAAGUGCUGCAAUGGUCCGCCUCAGACUUUAUGAUAUACUGGCUUUGUUACCCCCAAAGACCUAUGAAGGUAACUUCAGUGUGCUUCUACGCGAGUUGGUAGCUGAAUUCACCUUGACUGAUAACUCUUCCAACACUACUACGUCGCUUCUUCGUUCUCUGUGCCACUACGAUGACAGUGUUUUGCUGGGCUCCUGGCUCCAAGAGACUGACCACAAAUCCAUUGAGGACCAGCUUCAACCCAACAGUGCAUCUGGUAGCGGAGCUCUGGAGCAUGACCCAUCCUCCAUCUACCUGCGCAUCCCAGUUGGUGAAGCUGUGCCAGGUCCUCUUCCUCUGGGGGUUUCUGUCAUUGAUGCCUCUGUGGCUCUCUUUGGAGUCGUGUUUCCUCAUGUGUCAUUUAAGCACAGAUUACAAAUGUUGGAUCAUUUUGCUGAGUGUGUAAAACAAGCUAAAGGAGUUCGACAACAGUCUGUGCAACUGAAUAUCUUUACAGCUGUGCUUAGUGCACUCAAGGGUCUUGCAGAGAACAAAAGCUCUCUAGGUCCCGAAGAAGUCAGAAAAUCAGCUUUGACAUUGGUUAUGGGUGCCCUGGACAAUCCUAACCCUAUCCUCAGAUGUGCAGCUGGAGAGGCCUUGGGCAGAAUGGCACAAGUGGUUGGAGAGGUAUCAUUCAUUGCUAGGAUGGCACAGUACAGUUUUGACAAAUUGAAGUCAGCUCGGGAUGUUGUGUCUAGAACAGGCCAUUCUCUUGCACUCGGCUGUCUACAUCGUUAUGUCGGAGGAAUCGGGUCAGGGCAGCAUCUUAAGACCAGUGUCAGUAUUCUCUUGGCUUUAGCUCAGGAUGGCACUUCACCUGAAGUUCAAACCUGGUCACUUCAUUCACUUGCCUUGAUUGUUGACUCAAGUGGCCCUAUGUACCGGGGGUAUGUUGAACCAACUCUGUCUUUAGUGCUUACACUUCUACUGAUGGUCCCACCUUCACACACAGAGGUGCACCAGUGCCUGGGUCGCUGCUUGGGGGCUAUCAUCACGACAGUGGGACCAGAGCUACAAGGCAAUGGACCCACCAUUUCAACCAUUCGUUCCUCUUGCCUCGUGGGCUGUGCUAUCAUGCAGGAUCAUUCAGACUCUCUGGUUCAAGCUGCUGCCAUUUCCUGCCUUCAACAACUUCAUAUGUUUGCCCCUCGCCAUGUCAAUUUGUCCAGCUUGGUCCCUUGUCUCUGUGUCCACCUGGGUAGCUCCCAUUUACUGUUGAGACGUGCGGCCGUUGCUUGCCUGAGACAGCUGGCACAGAGGGAAGCAGCUGAAGUGUGUGAAUAUGCCAUGAACCUUGCAAAGAAUGCUGGGGACAAGGAAGUCAGUGGCAUCAAAAUAAAUAUAACUGAUACAGGUCUGGAAGGAGUUCUGUUUGGCAUGCUAGACCGGGAAACCGAUAAAAAACUUUGCGCAGAUAUUCAUGACACUUUGGGUCACAUGCUUUCUUCCUUGGCUGUGAACAAAUUAUCCCAUUGGUUGCAACUAUGCAAAGAUGUCUUGGCAGCCACCAGUGAAGUGGGCACAGCUGGUGUGGUGGCUGGAAGAAGGGAUGAAGCGUCUGAGAAGAAAGAUGAAAUGGAUGACGAUACCAUGUUUACUACACUUGGAGAGGAUGAUAAAUCAAAACCGUUUGUGGCACCCCGUUGGGCUACACGUGUCUUUGCCGCAGACUGUCUUUGCAGAAUUAUAUUGCUGUGUGAAAACGCUGACAAAGCGCACUUUGAUUUAGCUGCAGCCCGUACACUAAAACUGAAAAAUACCAAAAAUGACCUUUUGGUUUUGCACCUUUCUGACCUUAUUCGGAUGGCUUUUAUGGCUGCUACUGACCACAGCAACCAGCUUCGUAUGGCUGGUUUACAGGCCUUGGAGGAUAUCAUCAAGAAGUUUGCAUCUGUUCCUGAGCCUGAAUUUCCUGGACAUGUAAUUCUAGAACAGUAUCAAGCUAAUGUUGGCGCUGCACUACGGCCAGCAUUUUCACAGGAUACUCCCUCAGACAUUACAGCAAAAGCCUGCCAGGUGUGUAGUGCCUGGAUCGGGAGCCGAGUUGUGAGUGACCUUAAUGAUCUUCGCAGAGUGCACCACCUCCUUGUCUCAUCACUAGACAAGGUGCAAGCAGGAAAGGGAUCUUCAAGUCAGCUUUACCGGGAAAGCGCCAUUACGAUGGAGAAACUGGCAGUAUUGAAAGCUUGGGCAGAGGUGUAUGUUGUUGCAAUGACCAUUAAAAAAGAAGCUGAAAGUAACCCCAAGAAAGUAUUAAAAACCAACGAUGAUGAAGACAUUGAUUACAACACCUCAGGUCAACUUCCUCCAGACAGUCUGAUAUCUUUGGUGGAGUCAGAGCUUUCAAUACUUAGCCGACUGUGGUCAGCUGUGCUCAGAGAUUACGCGCUUCUUAUCCUGCCACCUGAGUUUGCAGGCCAGCUUCCACCUGACGGUGGCGCAUUUUAUACCCCAGAAACAAUUGAUACAGCAAGACUACAUUACCGCAAUUCUUGGGCUGCAAUCCUGCAUGCUGUAGCACUUUGGCUGAAUUCUGCAGGGUUUAAUAACUUUGAGGUCACAGAUGAAGCAACAGUGUUAGGAUCCCAGAAACGAAACCCAACCAUAACAUUGAAUCAACUACCAGGAACACCACCCAGUCCCAAGUCCCUACUGGAGCUUAACAAGGAUAGAAUGCAUCUUAUUUUGGGUAUAAGCAUCCAGUUCUUUUGUACACCGCGACCCGAGGAACCCAUUGAACAUGUCACAGCCUGCCUGCAAGCUUUACACAUACUUCUGGAUUCCCCCUUUGCUAAAAAUUAUAUAGCAGAAGAUCAGGUGGUUGGAGUAGAACUUUUAAAUGUCCUUCAUCGUCUUCUGCUGACAUAUGACCCACCUAAUGUUCAGCUACUAGUUACCAAUGUAGUACAGCAAAUCAUGAGGGCAGCACAGGACAAGUUACAAGAACAAAGAACUGCUCAGAACAAAGAUGACACAAGUGAAAAGGAAACACAGACACACUUGGGUGAAGGUGAAGAAAGUGGCGGACUGAUUCCAGGAAAGUCUCUGGUCUUUGCUGCUAUGGAGCUGCUAAUGUUCAUCUUAGUACGACAUCUGCCACAGCUCAGCGCCAAGGUGUCUGAUUCUCCCAGCCACAUUGUUGCUAAAAAUCAGCAGCUUUCAGAAGAGAGUGUACGCCUUAUAGCAGCCACAGUGUCAAUCCUUGCUGAGCUUCCAUCAUUGUGCUCUCCAGCAGGGUGCAUGACAAUAUUGCCUACCAUUCUUUACUUGAUUACAAAAGUUCUAAAGGAGACCGCAAUUAGGUCUGCAGAUAAUCAGGUCCCUCUACCUGUCAGUGCUUGCCUACAAGCUAUCAAGACGGUCAUCUCUUCACCAUUGGCAAAGACUGAAAAAACCGAGAAAAAGUGGAGUGAUCUGAUUCGCAGCACGUUGGCAACUAUAUUAGAAUUCUCUCCGGCAGGUGACUCCAAGUACACAGCAGAUGAUGUUAGCAUACUAACUGCUGUUGUACUUUUCCUGUGGUCUACAAGCGCUGAGCUUAUUGGGGUGCAGUCAUUACAGACUGGAUGCAUAAACCGGUUCAAAGCUGCAAUGACCUCCACUGAUCCUUGGGUGCAAGCUAAAUGUUACCAGCUCACAUUCUCGGUGUUCCAGCACUCCAAUCGAGCUCUCUCUACUCCUUAUAUUCAUGCACUUGCACCCAUCAUGGUAGAAAAUCUAAAGGCUGUUGCAAGAAAAAGACCAAGUAACAGCACCGAGUUGCUUGCAGUUCAAGAGGGAAUUAAAGUAUUAGAGACUGUAGUUGCUUUGGGAGAAGAAAAAAAUAGAGUUCAGCUUCUUGCUCUGCUUGUUCCCACCCUGAUUUCUUACUUGCUGGACGUCAAUGCUUUUAGCUCGGCAUCGCCAUCCUCAAAGGACCUUCAUGAGUUUGCACUGCAGAACUUGAUGCGUAUUGGGCCUCUUUAUCCUCAUGCAUUCAAAACUGUCAUGGGAGCUGCUCCAGAGCUAAAAUCAAGCUUAGAGACUGCCAUUAGAGCUAACCAGGCAAGCAAGGCUAAAGCUGCCUCCCAACAGCCUGCUCCUACCAUACAAAGUGCCCCCACCAUCAAACUCAAGACCAAUUUCUUCUAACUGCAGAGAAGCUCAGCAGAUGGAUAUCCUGAAAGUCCCCCUGGCUGACUCAUUCUGAAAAACAUUCUGUGGGACUUUUUACUAGGAACU